GACACGUCUGCUGCACUACAUCCUCGGCUCUCUUGAGUGAAGAAAAAAGCUUGGUGCGUGUUUUCGAACGCGGUGGAUACAGUAUUAUCGCGUUGUUGUAUAUAACGAUUCCUGUUACCUACAAACGAGCCACGAUGUCGGCUGUCAGGACUGUGAGCCUGGUCCUCUUCUUCGCCGGGGCAGCUCUCGCCGCGGCGACUUCAAACUCCAAGAACUCAACUCUUGCGUGCUUCUUUGAGGAAAACGUGAUCGAAUGUGCCGCUCAAAGGAUAGACGCGCAACUCGACGAGGUGCAGAGCAAAGAUCCGGUCAAACCUGGCCAGCCAAGGGAACCACCGAUCAGUCAGGUCAUCGCCGACACGAGGAGUGUUCUCGUUCAAGGUAUCGAGGCCGUUGAUGCGGUCCUAACAUCCGACGCAGACACGGAAGAUACGACGGUUCAGGAUGAGGAUGCCGAGGACUCUCGAGAUAUCGGUGAAGCGAGGAAGAAGAAGUUUGGCAAGAAGAAGAAGAAGGCACUGCAGAAGAUAUUGAUGGUCGCGAUGGUCCUGAAGGCCAAGCUGAGUCUCCUCAUCCAACUAUUCUCCGCCCAUCUGCAGGUGAAAUUCUUUGCCAUUUCUCUGCUCAGCUUGUUGUUGAACCUCGCACGCUUCUGGCUCGACCUCAAGAAUAAAGGACAACCACAGAAGGUGAUUUACUACGAACAUGCUCAGCACCAGCACCAUUACGAACAUGAAGACGACCAUUCCGGAUACUGGGGAAGGUCCGCCGACGACGCUCACGAGCUCGCUUACGGCGCUCAUCACGACGAACAAGUACCAGAGUAUUAGGAAACAUUUUACGCGAUUAAGGGUUGUAAUUAAGUCGUUAUUGUUAGUAUCGGUUCACCGAGAAUGCUCGAACCUGGCCAUGCGAAUCCCAAGUAGGGCGUUUAUAUUACGAUUGAUUCUGCUCGUCGUUCUCGGUUCGAUAUGCAUCAACGAGUGGCUAACUUUCCAAAAUUGAGUUUCACUCGUUUUCGAUGUUGCUGUUUUCUCUUUUUGAAUUAAUAGUAUUUAUUUCAUUAUCAUCAUUCUCAUCACGUUGCCACGACUUCCGGUUUCAUUUCCCUUCUUUUCGUACUAUAUAGAAACUGGAUUCAAACUACUCUCACAAAAUAUCAUAAACUUGUUUAUUGUACAGGUACCUACUUGAAUAUAUCAACAGCCGCGAUCGAAAGUAAACUUUUUAUCACUUUUACAUCCUAACGGUAUUCUUUUUCAUUAUAAAUUAAAAAUAUCCAUUCCAUAGGGUUUGGCAAUUGGUUUCUCAAGUUAUACUCUGCGAAAUCCUCAGUCAACUCUGUCGCCAUCAAUGCUCUCGUACGGUUGUACCUGGAAUUAGGUAAUAAACUUCAAUUUGAGGAUAAUUUAAUUUGGGUAAAAUUCGCGGGUACAACGUAGGCUUACAAUUUCACUAAGAAUUUCCUGCUGCAGAAUCGGUAAUGUAUAGUUUUUAUAGUAAUAUAACGAAAAAUUUAUAUCUCGAGCGCUCGUGCCUUGAGUGCCUUUUCCUUCUGAUAUUGGAGUUAUUUAUUUAUUUAUCUAUUUAUUCUUCACCCUUAGGAAGGAAAGGCACGCACAUUAUGUGUAGGUGUCGAGCAUUUUCAGUCGGACGAGUACGGAAUCAGAACGUCGAGUAAGCAUGUACAGUAAUGUUCAUUAAUGCCUUCCUUUUUCGGCUAACUUGUUUGCGGUCCGAAACAAAAUGCCAUUUCGCUUCUAAACGAUUUAUGUGACAAUGAGUGGCGAUGCAACUGACGUGAAAGAAUGGGAUAUAUUGUCACAUAAUCCGUAUAGCAUCGAAUUUGCAUUUUGUCUCGGACCGCAAACAAGUUAGCCGGAAAGAGAAUGCAUUAAUGAACAUUACUAUACAGUAGAAGGUAAAUAACGGGCUUCAAACUUGGCGUUACAAAAUAAUCAAAAUGUUUUCCCCUUUACUGUUCACUGAUAUUUUAUAAACAAAGAAAAGUAGAAGACGAAGUUGAUUUUUACGUUAGUUUAAAGAAUCGAGACCAACGAACGGAAGGAAAACAACCAAAUCAAAAGUGUUGAAACAUUCCGUGAGAGGGUUGAAAAGAGAACAAAAAGUAAAUGCUGCGAUGAAAUUUCGCACGCAUUCUUGUUACCACCUCCUCUGUGUUUUGUCUUGUUAGUGCAAGGAAGUCGUUUCCUCUUCUACGUGCUAAAAUGUAAAUGCUUUAGAAUAAUGUUGUAUGCAUCGCCAUAAGCAUUAUUUUCAUUCUCACACCAUCAUAGAUAUUUAAAUGUCAUUUGUACCUUGUUUUUUCUCGCAUUUCUUCAGCUCUCGAGUGUCGCAAUCGUGACCUGUGUACAUGUAUACAAUCGUUGAAUAUCUUUAACUCGUAUUUAUUACAAAUUCAAAAAAUGUACACCACCAAUUGAGUAUAAUUUGCACUUGUAUCUGUAAAUUUAUAACCAAAGGCCUAUCGUCUGUAUGCGACCUGUACUCUAAAUGCUCAAUCGCGAAUCAAUUCGUGCGUACAUUGCACGAAUUCAUGUCGAAUCGUAAUAUUAGCGAAUUGUGAACUCAAUUUCUGAAGCGUAAUACCAUUAUAAUACAUAA